CGAACGUAUUUGCAAAUCUUUCUGUGAUGUUAGGUUUUAUGUAGAAAAUUGCGGUUUUCGACCGAAUAAAAUGCUGUUAUUACAUGUUACCUAGAACUAUUGGAAGGCUUUACGACUAAAAACGACGUCAUCAUGAGCUACGAAGUGUCCGAAGAGCCAGAUCUAAUCGAUCUCGGUAUGGGUCAGUUUAAUACGACUCAAUCGCUCGAGGAGAUGAAGCUAGACAAGAACAUGGUGUGGCUUCUAUUCUCACUUAUCUCCUCAAUCGUUUGGGUGGUGUACAUUACUUUUUAUAAUUCGCGCUUGUUUGGUUACUGUAUCACGAAGCUGGUCAACCGUUUGUUCGUUAGAGGGGCCUAUUUUAAGAUAGGAUCACUGAACGUUAAUCCUUUGGCUGGGAAAAUUAUGUUUCGUGAUGUUGUGUAUGUGUGCUACGAUUACACGGUUCGAGUGCAGGAUGGAUACUUUAUUUUUCGUUGGUGGCGGUCGUAUGUACCGAAGGAUGUAUCAGAGGAUUUGUCCCAUUCGGAUACACGUUUGUCGGUGAUGUUGAAUGGAUUCGAACUGCAUGUGUAUAAUCGGUCGGAUCUCUAUGCUAAGUUGGAAAAAACGUUUGGACUGAAACCAUCGAUACUUAUCCCAACGGAUAAUAUGAGCGCAGAAGAGAUUGCACGCUUCAAAGAGCAAGCAAUGAACUAUGAAAAUCAAAGACAAAGUAAUGAGCCACCAGAAAAAAUAAAAAAGCCCAGACCAGAGGCAAUGGCAGCAACCACCUGGAGAGAUUUAAUUCCUGUGAUAAAAAUUGAUAUUUGUUCCGGCCGAUUUGUGUUCGGUAAUCGCUUGACCCCCACAACUCUUUCUAUUUGUGUGGAAGAAGCUCAUUGUGUGUAUAGCACAAAGCCUGCAGUUUCUAAGUUGGAUCAUUUUAUGCAUUUCGUUAAAGCAAAAGUCGAAAAUUCAAAAGUGCUGUUGGCCCCUAGCCCCAAAUAUACGGGUCUGGUAGAUGAACCGCCUCGUUACAUGGGUGAAGGAUUUGUGGUGAUGAUGUCCAAUAAUAUUGAGCUGUACUUUUACAUGGAUGAAGCUGGCCUGGUCCCGGAGCAACCUGUAACGUUAACUCUGGCUAAUGGUGACGUAGUGGAGGCUGCGCCACCCGUAUGGGGCAUCGAUAUAAAGUGCGGCAAAGGAACCGACUUCAGCUACGGUCCAUGGGCGGAUCGUCAACGGGAUCAUUUAUUUAAAUUUUUCUUCCCCCCGGAUUAUCAAGCGAUGCAAGUGACUCAACCGCCGAAACCCGGCGAUCGACGUGAGAUGCGAUCGUUCGAUGUUAGUCUGUGUACGCUGAACGAGGCCACGAUUGAUAUACUGUUUUCGAAGAAUAAGGAAACUAACGCUGUUCAUGUCAAUAUCGGUGCUGGAUCUUAUCUGGAAGUUACGCUGCCUUGGAUUACGCUGCAGGAUGGUUUCACUACCAAAGUAACUGGACAACUGUUGCACGUGGAAGCCACAACCAGUCUGCAGUAUCGCAGUUUGGCGGAAUGUGAGACGCUGCAGUUUAAUGUGAAAAUUCACUAUCCGGUUCGGUGGAAUAAUCACCAAGAAUGGACCAUUAAUUUGACCGGUAGCAAAGCAACUGCUUAUAUAGUGUUUUCGCACAAAGAGUUUUUCCAGGAUUUGGUGGAAGAUUGGGCUUCAAAAGCUAGGCCGGAUAUUUUGAGUUUUGUUCCCUAUACCUGGAAGUUUGGAGUUAUUUUGAAGGAAUUCGAAAUUAUCACUUUGAGCAACGAGUUUAACUGGAUCGAUUGUUCCAGUACCAAUCAGGAAAAUCAUCAUCUUGCAUUCUGUGGAGAUUUGUUUGACCUGAGCUUCAGCCUUCCGUUUGAUGAUUUCCUUCCAAACAAGAUCCCGAUCGUAUUCUGGAUUCACGGAGAAGGUCUAGAUUUAAGUAUGUACCUUCCUGAGCAGUCUAGCAGUAAACCUAUAUUGGUUGCGCUGGAUAAAAAUGCCAGACUGCUGACACGUGACGGAAGUGUUAAGAAACGUUGCGAGCUAAUCACAAAUAAAUGGCGUCGAGUUUGUCUACGUUCAGCCGGUUGGAUAGAUUGCUGGACCGUACCGAUUGUGGCACUUUCGAUUAAGUACAUCUACCAUCCGAUGCCACCGCUUGGACCGGAUCCUCAAGCAGAUAUAACAACACCAGAGAAAGAAGAAAUCCUGCUCAGCCCAAUGCGCAUCCCAAAAAUGAGAAAAUCACCUGCCAUCACUUGGAACGACGCCGGUCAACCACGGUUUGAUCCUACCACUCUACCACCGGAUCAAGUUUCAGUCGAACUGGAGAUCGGAUCUUCGAUUAUGCUUGCCUACGGUGCAAUUUUGAGGAAUUUCAUACAUCUAAAGGAAAACAUUUUUGGCGAAGAUCAAUCUUUUACGGAUAUGGAAAAAUCAAAUUCCAAAUCAAACUCUACCAAGAAUGUUGGUACCAAAUCGACAAGCUCGAAAGACGACCCAAGCAAGUCCAUUUCCGAAGCGAGCGUAAACAUGGAGGAGAAACCCAAACGUUUCGAUCCGAGAAUGUUUCGACCACUGGAAGUUAUUGUUAGCGUAACCAUUCACGAUCUGCAGGCACACGUCAUAAAGAACUGCAAUGAAAAUGAUCCUCACUGUCCGGUUAUUCUCAUUGAGCGGCUCGGCUUCGAGAUGAAGAAACGAUUUCACGAAACCGAACUUCAAGUGCUCGUUAGUCCAUCGUUUCUCAUUUCUUCGGAAAACACUAUUCGACCGUCGAAGGACAAACACUUAAAACAGGGACAUUUGCUUCUGUCGGCAGUGCAGGUUAGAGGUCAUGCCAUGUUCAGCAAUGAAGGUCGACAGCUGGACGAAGAAACACUUGAAUACGCAUGGCUGCUGGAAGUACAACUUGGAAAACUGUCCGGGAAAAUGACGCUUCCCCAGUUAAUGAACGUUGUAGUAGGUCUAGAGACACUAGCUUUCCUUACGAUGGAUUCGGAAAAUGAACUAAAAUCACCCAAAACCGUACGCUAUUGCCAUCACGGCGUUCCAACUAACGUGUGCCCGCACACGAAGGAAGAAGCUAAAUAUCGCUGCCCGUCGACGGAGGAUAUUAAGUAUCGCAUGACGCGAGUGGCAAUCGAUGCAAUCGAUUUUUAUUUGGUGGAGAACGGAACCGCCAUGCACACUUGGAUCUCGCCCAUUCGCAUCGCAACGUGCAAUCUUCAUGGGCAGCAGGUCAAAUCCGGAGUUACUGGACUGAUUCCAACCAUUUUAUUGCGUCAGUUCAUCUCAACUGGAGGGCAUUUCAGUCACAGCAAUGGUAAUUCACACAGCAAUACUGGAACGACUGGAAGCAGUCGAUCGACUAAAGCUCAUCAUCAAACUAACAAUAAACACGAGCCGGGAUGCAAGGAGGAAACAGCUAAUCCCUUAUUCAAAAGACCGGACGAGCCAGCAGCGUGUGGCUGUAGCGGAAUGAAGCAUAAAAAGUCUUCCGAGCAAUUUCAACAACAGCAGCAGCAGCAGCCGACGCAACAUUCCUCCUUUUCCGUUCGCCGUGAUUCGAAAGAGCACGGAAGAGACGAUGCAUUUGGUUCGCUUUCGAACCGGCGGAGCCACGAAUCUGACCACGGUGGUUACCGGCGAGAUAAGGACGAUGGUUACCCUUCGGUUCACUCGACGGCUCGAAACAACUGCCGGGAUAUUGACUCUACGGAACCUUGGCUGGAGGUUGGAUGUCUUUCACUAGGACCGAUUAUUAUCGAAGCUGCUUCGGCGCUUCCUAUUCCUGAGCACUGCUUACAUUUGGUGCAGCAUAACUAUCUUAAACUGCAUGACGAGCGAGCCAGAAAACUUUGGUUCUUGUGGGCAAACAGCAGCGAUCCUAUUCGUUGCGGUUGCGUUGGAGGAUGUGCUUUUUUCGGCACUAACCGCAACGGUCCACGCUUCUUCAAACCUUCGGCGCAGGAUUUGCAGGAUUUCAUCAACAUAGCGCGCUAUCACAUUUAUCCGAAUUCUCGCGAGUACGGCUUCGGUCAGAGUUUGCUGCAUGAGGACCAGCUGGUGUUUCACACGCCACCCUAUAGCCUGCAGCCGGUUUCACUGCAAGAAUGCUAUGAGUACGUGGGUAAACCGAACCUUCGUACCACUAGAUUUGGAGCGGAUUCCAAAUCACCUCUGCCACCGAAGCAUGAUUCGAUCAUCAAUCAGCAAAAGCAGUGUGACGUAUCCCCUAACAGUACGUUGAUACGCAACAGCGGUGACAAGUCGGGAAAAUCCUCACUAGAACGCGUCAAAGAAAAAGACACCGGUUCGCCGUUAAGUUCCGAUCGCAGCAGAGGACGACGCUUUUCCUACACUAGUGCGAGACAAAACACAAUUUCCCAUGACGUUCCAUACUAUCGGCUGUUGGAAUCCAGUCCCAAGGUUAAUAGUUCGAAAAUCUCAACCCCUACACCGUCUCGCCAGGAAUCGGAAUCGCGCCUUCUCACACCCAAAGCAAUUAAAGUGCAAACCCCCAAAACCAGUGCGUCCGAUUCUCGUCUCACAAUGGAAUACGUUCAGGGUGACGAUACCAGCAGUAUGACGGAGGAACCAACGCACGAGCUGUCACAAUCUGCUCCCCAGCCACACCCGCUGGAAUCCGAUUCAGAGCAUUCGCUCAGCCCGAAAGUUUCCGAGGACGUAAUCAUUCGGGACGUUCAGCGUACAGUUUCACUGACGUCGGAAAACCCAUCGGAAGCGUUUUUCUCGGCCGACGAAGAUCUGCACGCCUCACGCAGCUCUAGCUUGAAGGCAAAUGACGUACCAUCGAUACCGAAGAAACGUUUUGCUUCUGAUCUCAGUAUUGUUGGACCGAAUGAUUUGGAAGGGAAGCUUUCGUCCCAUCGAAGCGAUUACGAAAUCCACACACCGGAACAUCGCAGUUUACCCAUGAGACCACAGUCUACAGCGGAGCUGGUUGAUCCGCACGACUCGUCGGAAUCGCACUCCCUGUCCUCGAGUUCGUUCAUUUCGGCGCUGUCUUCACAGGAAGACAUUACACUGGUAAACUUGCAUAUGCAGGUCAAUCGUCCAAUUAUCGAUUCACCACUGCUGAUGGCCAGCUAUGUCACCCAUUUGGCCCAGGUUCGUUGUUCCAACUGGUCCCACUGUGCGAUGCCAUUCGGAGCCGAUUCUUUCUCGAUGCCAUUGUUUCAACAAAAUGACGACGGUGGCUUGGUUUACAUAGGUAGCAAAUUGGUUCCACAUUUCGACAACUAUUCGAAUUGGCGAGAGGUAAAGGUAAUUUCCCGUUAUGACGUUGGUUCUGGUCAAUCGGCAUCGGGCUCAUCGGGUUUGUCUACUUUGCCGAAACCACAUCCCUGGGAUCCGAGUGUGAUGGUUCGUGGUCGAUUCGAGAAACAUGAAAGUAAAGAAUGCGAAAACGAGUUUCUCAGCUCUCAGGGUGAGACUGCUACCAGAAAUUCGGUGGUGGUGCGAUUCAAAGGACAGGUUGACGUGAUGCUGACACCGCUGUUACUCGAAGGUUUGCAAAGGAUGAUAGAAUCGCUGAUCCCAACUCUGUCUACAUUGCAUCCGUUAACGAUAAUCAACGAUGUCCAUGCGUCCUGCGUCAGUAAAGUGGAAGCAGUAAACGUACUAAAGCGUGACCAGUCGCUUAGCUAUUGGUCGCAGGUUCACUCUAAUUCUAAACGUUCAACGGCCGAGCGUAACCUGCAAGGUCCUGGUGGUCCUGUGCUCACUGACGUUUACGAAGAAAGCAUUUCAACUCAGUUGCAAGGACUAAUUGUACUCCCAAAAAUGAAUAUUACGCUGAUACAAAGUUCAGUGAUCGAGGAAGUAAUAUCAUUUGCCGCACUCGACAAUGUCCAAGAGUUGAGCUGUGCUUCACUGUUAGCUGUGUGUUUAGAGGGUGUUUCAACUCGAUUCCAUCUCGGAAAGACCACCAAAGCGUCGAUGCACACUGUUUAUACUCAGCCAACGAUUCGGACUGGAGGCUUGAAGAAAAGUGGAUUGAUUCGUGGAACUAGAGCUUUACUAGCGCAUCUAUCCUCUCAGACUAGACCAGACAAUGUUCCUGGCGAUCCAAUCUUAUUGGAAACAUCGGAGAAACAAUUGGAAGAAUUGAUAGUCACCUUGGAUGUAGGAAAGGCACAUGCUCAAUUGAGACGGCUGAAAAACGAUUCAGUUGCUGUGCAAGAUUCGCAGAUAGUAAUCACUGCUAUUCCAGGGCAUCGAAGCCGAGCAAUGUUUGAUUGUACAAAAAUUCCUGAGGAACCAGCAACAGACGGAAGCACAGUCAUGGGAUACAUCAUGUUCGAGUGCGGCCUUGAAGGUGUAAGCGUUAAAAUCGUUAAAAGAUCUCAAUUCGAAAAAUCGGAAAAUGCUGAAGAAGCUCUUAAGGAGUCACCAGAAAUAAGAAAUUCAGAAAACAAUCAGAGUAGCGUAACAGCUAAUAACCCUCUAAACCUAGUUACAUUGCUGAACGAGGCUGGGGGAAGCAUGGCUGCAGAGGCUUUGGCAAAAAUUGGUAUGAAAAAACCGUCAACACCUAAGACAGGUACUCCAAAAGACAAGAACACUGUUGGAGGUGAUCAGAAGACGAAAGAUAAACCCGCUGAUGGCCGAACUUCUAGGGAGCGUUUUUCUCAAGGAGGAGAUGAAAUGGAUGGUCAAACCAAAGAACAGACCAAUCAGCAAGGGUCAAAUAUUUCAACAGGGGAGCAAAACAAUUCCACUGCUGUUGUUCCAUUGAAAAAUACCAACGGAAAGACGUCAUCCUGUGUGAUAGACUUCAAAACGGUUUGGUUUAACUUUGCCGCACCACCACGUACACCGAUUACCAGAAAAAUUGACUACUCUCGCUUGGAUUGGAACCUGUUAAGCACUGCGUCGCCGGCCAUCACUGCUUGGAUGAACCCUAGCAACCGAUUUGCCAUCAAAGUUGUCGCCCUCAUUCGUGCAACGUAUAUCAGACGCACGGCCGUAAUGGUGGCUUUGAUGGCCGAUGCAUGGGAACGGCAAACGCUUCAUCGUCCACUUAAGAGCCGCUACCCCGGAAUGUUUACUCCUCUUGCCAAAACAUUACAGGAGGAUCCGAGCUGUUUACUCUGUACAAUGUUGCAAAAGUAUGUUCUAGAGGAAACGGUUGCCAAGAUAGACAAUGAUUUGAAACAACAGUAUGUUCCACAACUGAGCACUCUGAGACAGGCUGUCAUUGUACUAAGUCGACAGUGGAAGAACGUUUUGUACAAUCCCAUGCUGUUUGAACAUCAGUACAAGGGCAAACUGAACAACCCAAUAAGUGUCACAUUUUCUCUACCUCAAGAUGAGGACGCAGAAGAUACGGAUGAUAUAGACGCUGAAAACUAUCCGGUGGGUAUCAUCGAAAAUCAUCCUCUAAUUGAUGAGGAGAACGAGCGCACAAUGCUGCUUGGCCAAAGUGUGCAGGCUCAUCACCAGCGACAAGCGACAGCGACUGCCCAUCAGCAUCACGUAAUCAAAGUGCCCGAGGAACCGGUACAGAUCCACAUAACCAAGCUUGGAGAUUCCCUUAACACCUCUCCUAGUACUAACAACUCAAACAAGUUGCGGAAAAAGUCGUCGGUAAAGAGUUUUAUUCCUCCAGCAGCACCGUCUUCACGAUCUAGCAUGCAAAUGUUUCCGAUCAUUUUCGACAAACAUGAUCCUCAAAUUGAAUACGGAGCCUUGAAGGAGGGGUCACUGCCGUCCGUAUGCAGUUCAUCGGAAUCGACGGACAAGCCUGGCACUCCACCGGCCAAUCAGAAAGAGGAUCUCUAUUCCUGGAUGGCUAAACAGCAAAACGGUCAGUCCAAGUCCAGCCGGGACAAGGAGAAACACGAGAACGCUCGUCAUACAAGCAAAAAUCGGUUGGAAACUCACUCGAUUAAGUAUAUACAGGACAGUAAUCGCAUCAUUGAUGCUCAUCUCAUUUUCGAACCAAUGCUGACAUGUUUAGGUGUUAUGCCGCAGCAAAUGAUCAACAGUGUUUCGAACACGGACGUCUCGUCGCUGGACAGUCUAGGCACGAAUCUUUCUCUCGUAUGUUCUUUCGAUACCAUGCGCAUUGAUAUAGUGGUCAGCGAAGCUGGUGAUUCGAAAAAACCUAAACCUAAGGUGGGCAAAAAAGGCAAUGGCAAGUUCUCCAUAAUCAUGCCGGCGGAACAACCUGCGUUUCUGUGUGAGCAUGUCGGUGUGGAGCUGGAGCUUAUGAAAAUGACAGACGGAUUUCCGGAUGAUUCCAAGUUGCAUAUGCUUUACGUUUCACGGGGACAGUUGAAAAAGCACACAAGCACUGUGAUAAAUUUUAGCUUGAAUGUGAAAUAUUUAUCGCAACAGGUAAAUAUGCCACUUUUGCGUUUGCUUCAUCAGAUCACCAACAUGUACCAGAAUGUAAAAGAAGCUCAAAAUGAACUUCGCGACCAUCCCGAGCAUGGAAAACGGAGCGCUCCGUUGAAAGACGAAUCCAGUCUAGCAUCCGACAUAAACGAUCCUACCUUGAUGGGUUCAUUAAAUGAACCGUUGAUGUCGCAGAAUGGUGCAUUUGACUACGCGGAUGAACGGUACGACAAAUUCAACGAAGAUAUUCCCUCCCGCAGUGAGCUUCGUCAUUCCGUAAGCCGUUCGAAAUUGCCAAGUCUAGGCGCACUGAUUCCGCUCACUCCUUCACCUAGCUCUCGCAAUAGACCGCACAGUUUCGCGCAGAAACUGAGGAGCACUAGUAAGUCGGUCAAGGGUAAAUUAGGCUACACAAAUCUCAACGAAACCGUUACAACACCGAUUAAAGCAAGCCCUACAGCACUAACAUUCGCGGAUGCUCUUUCGAGGAAUUCGUUGGAGGCAAAAAAUUCGCUUACGGGAUUGUCCAGUUCAUAUGGAGGACCAAAUGUAAAUGAAGCUUUUGUAGAUUAUACGGCACCAUUCGAUCGAUCGACGUUUACCGGGCCAAUACACAGUAUAUUAGAUACCCCCAAAUGCUGGAAAACCGUCUACCACCUGUUGGAUCUCUAUUCCGCCAUGCCGGAGACAAAAACGAUCUCUCAUCGCCUCUCUCUAUCACCGGAUGCCAACGGCCAAAAUAGAGCUCGUAAAUAUAAUUUUCUAACAGACCCAAAAGGUACGACACGGGAUUGCGACGAAGGAAAACCUGGAACGCCACUGCCAAAAGACGUUGGCGUUGUAACGCAGGAGCGGACUCGAUUGGUAGUGUUUGGAGUAGCCAAGAUCCACCGAACUCGCCUGCUUGCGACGUUGAGCGGACUAAAGUUAGAGGCAGAAAUUACCGCUUUGCACAGCAGCACUACGUGGCGCAAAAAAUCCCGUCCGGCGUCACUAGAAUGUUCUUUGACCGGCCAGGUGGGACGCGCCAUGAUAGUGCUGCUGGAAGGCGUACCUCCCAACCAGCAAACUGUAGUGAAAGUUACAAUCGGUAAAAGUCAAACACUCUACUCGAGCAUCACCCGCAAAGGAAAGGACAAAAAUAACGGACUGCUCUCGGUUGGUAUUGUCAACAUCGACAUUCCGCAGCAUCCGGUAGCCCUCCACGGCAUGAUGACCCGGGGUUCCAAGCAAAUAUCUUCAACAUUGCAAGAGUUACGUGUGACCCGAAGCUCGGCACGAUUGGCCCGCCAAAACGAAGAACCGGAGUCUCCACUGCACCAUCAACGUGAGACAAAGGAUAAGCACGCAAACGUACGGAAGCAGAGUGUUUCCGCGUCAAAAAUAGCCACCAAUAAUCCUAGUGGCUUGCUGCAGCCGCUGGUUAUGCAAUUCAACAUUAUACUGCAAAGUCUUUCGGUUACCGCGGCUCUAUUACCUUCGUUGCAAGCUCAAUACAAAAUGGAUCAAGUCACGUCAAAUGGUGUCACCGGAGGUAAGGCGAAGUUCACUGUGGACUUGCCGAACCACUCACUCAGUUUCACCACAAAAAUGCAAACCACAGAGACUAAUUUACCAUCGGAAGCCUGUAUUGCAUUGCCUCCAGUUCAUGUUAGUGCGGAAUAUGUACCGGAAAGUUCCUCCGAAGAUUCAGCUCCCAUUGAUGGAGUUGUUCUUCGACAAGGAGGUUACUUGGCUGCAUCUGCAGAAAUUGGUGUGUUUGAACGAUGUCUUUCGACAGAUCUCUUGAAUCAUUUAGUGUUUGUGCAGAAGGUCUUUAUGAAAGAAGUCAACGAAGUUGUUCAAAAAGUUUACGGAGGUGAGAAACCUGUCCCAAUAUGGCUUGAAGAUGCGGAUGAUAAUGGUUCUCAUAUAAGGAGAAUAUUGUUUUCGUUGAACAUUAGGGUGAAACGUAUUCAGUUAACGGCUACGACUCCUUGCAACUCAGCGGUGCGAUUCGAAACCGGUCAACUAGACCUGCAUCUAUCGAACCGUGUCAAGAAUCUAGCUGACGUAUCCAAUACGAAGUUGUUUGGCAGAGCCCAAAUAGAUCUGAAUCUCUCGUUGGGUCAAAUAAUCAAGAAUGUAAUUUUCGAUGAAGCCGAACCAGAAUUUCAGCAGUAUGCCUUUUUCAACACAACUAUCGGGCUGAGAAAUGCAUUCCAAGAUGAAAUGAUGAAUGACGAUAAGGAAUUGGUGUUGAUAACCCUAAAGCGUCCUCUGAUGUACGUGCAACCCAUCGCCGUAGACAAAGCCAUUCUUGUUUGGUUGAACUACAAAAAUGCUUAUGAAUAUUGGACAGAAAAACGUGCUAAUCUCAAUAAGGAAGUGUUAAUGGCAACUCAGCAAGUAUUGGAGAAGGUACCCUUCGAAAAGCUCAGUCAACAUUUGGCAACUGCAAACCUAUCAACGCUGUUCCUGCAACUAACAGUGGAAGAUAUGGGUAUAUGUCUACCGCUUAAUCAGCCACCACAGCUGUGGGGAAACCGCUCAGCAGGAGAUUAUGAGCAAAAAGGAGCAGUUGUAAUAACACUAGAAAAUACCAUUAUUUCGGCUUGCAGCUGUGGUUCAUUGGUUUCAAAGGGUAAAUUUGCCGGCUUAUGUCUUCGUUUUGCGGAAGAUUUUGACUCUUCGCUGGAUGAAUGGAAACCUAAUAUGAACGAUGCCAGUAUAAUGAAUCUUUGUGUUGUUUCGGAGGGAACUUAUGAGGUCUGUUCGAGAACGAUUGCAUCUAAACCCCCAGAUAACGCCAAGUGGUUCCUGAACGUAAAAUGGCAAAUGGAGGGAGUCGACAUUCACCUGGAUAUAAACAUCGGCAAACAGCUAUCGGCACUGGGACACACACUAACCAUGCUGACAGGUUCUGAAGAUGAGGAGCCAACUUCGUCCGAUACUCAAGAUAGCGACGACGCCGACCAACUGGAAGGCAACCGAACUUCACAGGAGUUUAGUGCAAAAACGCGCAAAUCAGUCGAUUCACUGCCUUCAUUUCUGUUCGAUACUACUAUUGACCCGAAGAAGCGUUCCUUGCUCAUGGAAAACGAAAUUGCAGAACAAACGAAAACGGUCAAUGAUUUGCGAACGCUUGGUGCAUCGAGCAAAACUAUUGAAAACGAAGAGAGGAGACUGCAGGAGCUGCAAGCAAUCUGUUACAAGUAUUUCCGGAGGGAUAUGCUUCAGAAAUGGAAGCGGCCCACUAUGCGAAAAUCCAUGCUAAAAUCAGCAAACCGAUCUCGUUCUUUUAUUGCUCCCUCGCCAACCAAAGAGGAUCUAGGAGAUUCGCAUGAAUAUUCUGUAAUGGCCGACUCAACCGGGAACGACGGACUUUUAAACAGUUUACAGGAGUCGCCAAAUUCGGGACCGUCUCGAACUACUUCAUUGAGAGUUAAAAUUCCACUGGCUAACCGGGUCACAUUAAAUGAAUCGAUGCGUCAAUCGUCGUUGCCAAGCGCUGACUCAGAUGCCGCUUACUCCGACUCCGGUUUCGAUUGGCAACGAUAUGAUUCGGCAUCAAUAACGUCAGACGUUCCUCAUCUGCUGGAAAUCGACGGAGAACAAGUGGAACUACGCAAGAAAAGCCCAAACCACCCUCAGAAGCAGCAAGAGCCAAAUAUUGAUUUUGAACUCGAUAUAAAAGUGCUAGUGAAUUCGGGAAAAUGUGUUCUGCAUACGAAGGAUAUAACCGAUGAAAAAAUGUCCACCAGCGUUAGCAGCACAGUAAAACAGCACAAACGAGAAAGAAGUAUCGGCACGGAUUGGGGUAGUCCUGUUCCAUCUAGGAGGGCAAAAGAAAAAUCAAGAAUCAAAUACAACUCUCCUUAUACUGCGCUGGUGGAUCUAACUAUUUUCCAUAUUCCCGGCCUGGAUGUCAAACUUCAGUAUCAAUCAAAGAUCAUCGGUGAUGAUGCUUCGCCUAGGUUAAGCACCGGUGAUCCAUUCGGAGUUGUGCGUCGACACGGUUACAAACGAGCUACACUGUUUGCAUGGAUGACUCUGCAAAGCAUUCCGGAGGAGACAAUCAUUUCGCCGCACAUCCUAGAAUUUCUGGAACAAACUCUCGAACCGAUUCCUUCGAAAGUAAUUUCUGCACCUUCCAAUCCGGUUAAUCUGCAGAUGCUAGAAAACAAUUAUGCCGCUUAUGCCAGUUUUCCGGUAGACGUUGUAGUUUACUUCCACAUGCAACCUUCAACAUUCCGAUUCUCCUGCCUGCCGGUGUCUAGGGUCGAGUGUAUGUUGCAACUGCCCAGUUUGGAUAUUAUUUUCAGUUCAAACCGACACGAGGAUGAUGCCGCUAGUGCUGGUAUCAGUGAUGCUGAACCUGCGAAGUCUGCCGGCGGUUUGAGUGUAACGGGAUGUUUGGCCGAUUUUAAUGUGUACAUUUUCCAUCCAUACGGUGGUAAGAAAACGAAUCUAAAAGAGUCUCACCAAUUUAGCCCCUUAGCUGAUAGUGAACGGAAGGAUUCACUUAGUAUCAACGUUGAGUUUGUUAAGUUUCACAUCACACGUUCAAAGAAGAUUAACUACGAUGCAGGCAUUAUAAGAAAGAUGUCUGAUCAAUCCAAAGCUGUCAUUCGAUUCUCGACAAUUGUAGAUAUAGGUUCCGCUUCGUUUAAGUACGACAUGCGACGGUUAACUGAGAUAUUGGCUUUCCCUAAAGCCUGGUAUCGUAGAAGCAUUGUACGGAGAAUGUUUUUAGGCGAUCUGAGUGUACCGCAAGUUAGCAUGUGCGAUUUGGAAAGUGUUUCUGAAGAUAACAGCAGCGUGAAAACAACGGAUAAAGAGCUGCCCGUCGAUCGCCCCGAACCGUUAAGCAGAGAGAAAUUGAAACUUAAUUUGGACAACGAAACUCCAAAGCAAAGUAUGGGUAGCACGAGUUCAUCGUCCACAAGAUUGAAGGAUCAAAAAUCGUCCAGCAUGGAUUCAAAUACAUCUCCAUCGGAUGUCAAUCAGAUUACUUCGUGGGAAACUUUGGUUCUGUUUGCGGUAAAUUUCACCAAGCUGAAUGUACAGAUGAAUAUGGGCAACGUAAUGGGAAACAUAGUUUGGCUAACAAAAGCAUUCCAAAGUAAUGGAAGACUGAGUAUAGGAAGCACAGGACAUAAAAAUAUGUAUAUUGGUGUUGGUUUGGGAGGAUCAUCGCUGGAUGCUAAGGGAGGUAUAGUAGGAGGUACUAUUGAACUAAGCAAAAUUGAUACAUUCAUACACAUCAAGGAGGAUCCUGGUUGCGAACCGGAUCAUAAAGUUGGCAUUAAAUUCCUUGCACUAGAGCUAAGGUUUGAUUAUAUGGGAACAAGCGUUUUAAUGACCAGAAUCAGCUCUCUACGAGCACAGCUGCGAGAUGAGUGGAAAUUUUCCAAGGAUCAUGAUUUUAGUAACACACUACCUACUAACUAUCCGGCUAUAAUACUAAUUCAUGGUGAUCUCUCCUGGGAUCAACUGCAAAUGAUGAUAUCGAAAUCAACCACAGCUGACAUCCUAAAGAUGUUCUACAAACUGGAAGAAUUCUUUUCGCAACAAUUUAAGUCUUCGAAGCGUGUUUUCUCCAGUCUUGAGCCCCGACUGGCUGUUGACAAUAAUGUUCGCCGCCGAGAAUCCGCUAAAAAAGCCCCAUCUGUCACAUCUGCGUCUGCCGCUGAACGAGAACUUAAUACAAAUGAUGCACGGCACCAUCGGCAUUGGCAGCGUCCGUUGAAGCAAACCGAAGGUCUAUGGCUUUCCACGCUUGGACUUCCGCUGUCAAACAUUGGCACCGUACUGGGUGGAACAAUGGAGUUGCAUGGCGAAAAUAUUUCUCUUGCUUGCUUCCAUGGUAUUAAUUUUAAGUCCAAAUCAUGGGCGCUGUUCAGUCUCAAAGAACCGUGCAUCAACUUUGCUACAGAAGCACAACAUAUUGAUUCAUCAGAAGAGGUUCACGUCAUACAAACGCUUACGUUUGGUUUGGGAAUGAACACCCAGCAAGCUUCACAGCACCACUCGAAUGCAACCGUUGUGCGAAUGUCUAGAAAUGUCAUCUUUCCGCCUCAAUUCAAGACGCUUCACGAGUGGUUCCAUUACGCAUUCGCCAAUAGCGAGAUUGACGCGGUUGAUCGGUUCCCGGUACUGGAACGUGACAAAGAACAUCACACUAACUCGAUUGAACGGGCAAGGGGAGCUUCCGGAGGGGCAUCAUCGCAUCCAAAACUGCAAGAUCCCAAUCACAACCGUGAAGUAAUUUUCGCACUUCCAAGCCUCCAAUUGCAUUUUAAAACCGAACAUCUGCAAGGCGCCACAACUCCGGACGUCGCAGAAGAAAAACCCGUCGUUGAAUGCAGCUUCAUUACCGAGUUUGAGGAUCACAUAUUUGUCACUGUUGAUGCGGACGCAUUUUUCUUUUUGCACGAUUUAAUCACAUCAUAUUUAAAGGAAAAAGAAAAAGUGCUUGGAACCAUCACUAGCUCCAGGGCCACGUCGCCAAAUCCGCCACCCGUCCAAUCCCCAUCACCGACUCCAUCUAAUCAAUCUUCGCUCAAAUCGACGAAAAGUAAUAUUAAUGUUGGUGCUUCGUCUUCUCAAGAUUUAAGCUUCGAUAAUCAAUCUAUUGCCAAUGGUAGCGCUACUAAUCUUUCUGAUUCUGGGGCCUCUAGUUCCCAAAAUCGUGCAGAAAGCAGCAAGCAGCAGAGUGGCUCAAAACAUGUCAAUAUUAAAAUAGAGAAAUCUGAGAUCGAACAAUUUCUCCGCACCGAUUGGCGACAUUUUAACUGCAAAACCUGGCAUUUGGAGCCAACAGUCAGAUUGCUCUCGUGGGCAGGGAAAUCUAUCGAGCCGUACGGUAUUGAUUAUAUUUUGAACAAGCUGGGAUUCAGUCAUGCACGAACAACAAUUCCCAAAUGGCUACAACGUGGUGUGAUGGAUCCGCUGGACAAGGUGGAGGCUAUGCUAAUGCUUCAGCUUUUGCUAAUGGCGAAAGAAAACGAAGCGGAGGAAAAGGAAACACCUAAAGACAAGUGAUUUUUAUUUAAGUAGGCAAACAAACAAGGUAAGUGUCACAGUCUGAGCAAGAUAUCCAACUAUCAAACAACGAUAAUCACAAAAAUAUAUACCUGCUUACGAUAGCUAACGUUGCAGUUGAUUACGUUAUGUUCAAAUAUAUAAUCUUGCUAGCUUUUAAAUCAACCCUCUCUUCUAGUCGCUACUUUGAGUAGCAAAACGCAUUAGAUGUUAUGGCUAAAUAGUUACACUACUUUUGGUGUUAGUCCAAAUAUCUAAUCACUAUCGGUAUCUCUAAUAUGAAACAAUAAACAUC